ACUAGAAAUCAGAUCCUUUGUUUAGUUCUCACUGUAUGGUCGCUUUAACGCUUUACGAGAGAUCACCAUGUUAUGUUUGAUAUCGACAAGCCACCUCCUACCUUCCUGUGCAUGCUUGAUAAAAUCUCUUCUGUGGAGAUUCUCAAUAUUCAUUCCUCCUGCAAACCGGACCUUGAGUGUGAAGUUCGGGAAAGGGGGAUACAAUAAAAGACGGCAAAAAGACUGCAAUCAAUGUUCCAGCCAUUACUAAGAGUACCGGUAUGAUUAAAACCACCGCAAACUCAAACAUACAAUAAAGACAUCAGACAAUAUAUUGAAGUGGAAGGGAAACAUACUAAUACAUUUGGAUCCCAGUCUAAAAAAACAAGUUUGGACUUCUAGCAUGGAGGUGUCCCAUGUGAACAAUAGCAGUCAUCACUCCUGGUGGAAAGAGAUGCCUUGGGGCGACACAGACGAGUGCACCUCCUUCUGGAGUGGCACCACCUUCCUGAUAGUUGCCUACAGCGCACUGGUCGCGGUUGGCCUUAUCGGUAACACCUGCCUGGUGUUUGUCAUCACACGGCAGAAGGAGAUGCGGAAUGUCACCAACAUCUUCAUCGCCAACCUGUCCAUCUCUGACAUCCUCAUGUGCAUUGUGUGCCUGCCUGUAACCAUCAUCUACACCCUGAUGGACCGCUGGAUCCUGGGGGAGGCACUCUGUAAGGUCACACCCUUUGUCCAGUGCAUCUCUGUCACGGUUUCCAUCUUCACCCUUGUCCUCAUAGCCAUGGAGCGCCACCAACUCAUCAUCCACCCCACUGGAUGGAAGCCCAUGGUGCGCCACUCCUACCUGGCUGUAGCCUUCACCUGGUUAGUGGCCUGCUUCAUCUCUCUUCCUUUCCUCUUCUUCAACGUCCUCGACAACAGUCCUUUCCAGAACAUGAGCCUCCCGUUCAAUCUCUUCACUGACCACUUCAUCUGUAUGGAGCGAUGGCCCUCAGAGCACAACCGACUGGCCUACACCACCUCCCUGCUGCUCUUCCAGUACUGCCUUCCCCUCAUCCUCAUCCUGGUCUGCUACCUGCGCAUCUUCCUGCGUCUCCGACAGAGAAAAUACAUGGUGGAGCGAGCCAGGGACAACUGUCAGAAGAAAGCCAAGGGGUCAAAGAGGAUCAAUGCCAUGUUGGCCUCCAUUGUGGUAGUGUUUGCCCUCUGCUGGCUCCCGCUCAACAUCUUCAAUACCUUGUUUGACUGGAACCACCAGGCCAUCCCAUCCUGCCAGCAUGACAUAAUCUUCUCUGCCUGCCACCUCACAGCCAUGGCCUCCACCUGUGUCAAUCCCAUAAUCUACGGCUUUCUCAACAGUAACUUCCAGAAAGAGCUAAAAUCUACCCUAUACCACUGCCGCUGCUGGGGGUCACCAGAGAGUUAUGAGAGCUUCCCUCUUUCUAUUGUCAGCACAGAGGUCACCAAGGGGUCAACCUUGAGCAAAGGAUCAAUUAGCAUGAAUGUACAGUCCUGACCCAUUCAGAAAAGGAGAGAGAAAGUAUAGAACUUCAAUCCCCAUUGUCUUAACCAUCCAUUACAUUACAUUUACAUUUAAGUCAUUUAGCAGACGCUCUUAUCCAGAGCGACUUACAAAUUGGUGCUUUCACCUUAUGACAUCCAGUGGAACAGCCACUUUACAAUAGUGCAUCUAGGUCUU